AUGAUGAAAUUACUUGGAGUGCAAACAAUUCUGGUGAGCAACGCUGCUGGUGGACUAAAUCGCCAACUGAAAUUGGGCGAUUUUGUGAUCAUCAAAGAUCAUUUGUCUUUUCCGUCUCUAGCACUUCAGUGUGUCCUAGUGGGACCAAAUGAUGAGAGAUUUGGACCCCGAUUCCCCGCAACGUCCAACGCGUAUGAUAAGCAGCUUCGUUCCCUGAUGUUGCAACUCGCGGCCGAAAAGGGACUGUCGCAUUUGGUUCACGAAGGAGUUUACUGCUUUUGUGGAGGCCCGACCUAUGAGAGUCCGGCGGAGGCACGAAUGCUAUCAAUGCUGGGCGGAGACGUUACAGGUAUGAGCACUGUACCGGAAGUGAUUGUGGCACGUCACUGUGGAAUUCGAGUGUUUGCAGUCUCCUUGGUCACCAAUUUGGUCGUUCUGGACUCGGAUGCGACUACCACGGCCAAUCAUGAGGAAGUACUUGAGACGGCAGCAAAACGAGCGACCACAUUGCAAGAUCUUUUCACCGAGAUGAUCAAACGCAUGUGA